AUGGCUGCUCGUUACAAUUUACGAUCAAUUAGCUUACCUUCAAGAUCCCAUCCCACCACCCUCAAAAUCGAAGAGCAACUAAGCAAGUUGAAGCCAUUGGAGAACUCAUCUCCUUCAACUUCCAAGUCAAUCUGCAAUGGCUUAUUGGGACUGGACGAUUUAUACGCUUCCAUGGAUGAGCUUCUCCAAAUGGCAUCCACCAAACAGGUCUUAUCAAGACACCAGAACAGGAAAUGGGUGGACGAACUGGUCGAUGGAUUCAUGAAGCUUUUAGACACCUGCGGGAGGACAAGAGACAUGAUAUUACAAAUACAGGAACAAGCUCAAGCUUUGCAAUCCGCUCUUCGUAGAAGAAAGGGAGAUUCAAGCAUCAGAAACGCUAUAGCUAAUUACACACACCUGAGAAAGAGGACGAAGAAGGAGGCACUGAAAUUGAUCUCAUCAACAAAACAAAUGAACGAGAAAAUGGGAUCGACUCAACUGAUGAAUCAAGAUCUCCAUCUCUAUGCUAUAAUUAGAGGCCUAAAAGAAUCAUGUUUCGUAACGAUUUCCAUUUUCACAUCCCUCUUGUCGUUCUUAGGGAUUCAAUCAGGGAAAUGGAAGCCGAGUCGGUGGGCAUUGGUCUCAAAAGUUCUGAUGCGAAAGGGAGGGAUAGCGUGCGAACAAAAAGACGAAAUAGGCGAUGAAAUGGGGGAUGUGGAAGCGGCAUUGGAGGCUCUGGGAGAGGGGAUCGACGGGGAGAAACUGCAAUGGGCGAGAAGAAGGUUAGAAGGAUUAGAAAUGGGGAUGGAAGGGAUUGAGAAUGGGGUGAAUGCGAUAUUCAGGCAGAUGAUUAGAACUAGAGCUUCUCUCUUGAAUUUGAUCUCUCAAUAA